UGGGCUCAAGUCCGCUACUACUGUGGUUUGUAAUUCCAUUUCUUUGUACCUGCACCGGAAAGCGAAUGUGGGACUAUGAACCUAUAUCUAUUGAGCCUUUCACUUCGGAUGAAAGUCUGCUGAAAAUUGAUGCACGUAUUGACCGAAUCAAGCGAGGCGAGUUCGCCAUUUCCUCAACAAUCUUAUGGGACUAUGAUGCAGAUGAGUCGACCAUGGUGGAGGCCACUGCUUAUCACAGCAGUUCAGGUGAUGAGAAAGACUACAAGUUAUUGCCAUGGACGAUACCCAAGCAACCCUUUUUUGAGUAUCUGAACACAUACUAUAAGGAUGUGGUUCUUAAGAAUGUUGGCGAUUGCUCAAAUCUGCCGAGAUUCGAGGGUAAAUUUCAGCCACCCUGGCCCAGGAACACAUAUUUUUUGGACAAAUGCGUUUCCCAAGGUGAAGGUCUGCCCCAAGUAGCACCAUCCGGAUUUUAUAAGAUUAUCUUCGUAACAAGUGGUCAAGUGAAAUGGGGCUUUAAUAUUAUUGUAAAAGUUUUCCCAAAAUCCUUUUGAAUGUCCAUUAAAGUUGCAAAUAAAUACAAUAUAUAUUUAUCCAA